AUGUCGGCCACCUCCAGGAGCUACAACCCGUUCGACGACGACGACGCCGAGGAGGAGGGCGGCCGGGACGCCCGCGACCUCCCCGACGGGCCCGGCGCGCCCGCGGACCGGCAGCAGAGCCUGCGACAGGAGGUGUUGUGCAGGGCAGAGGCCAUGGCCGCCAGCACCAGCCGGUCGGUGUCUCUGGUGUACGAGUCCGAGAGGGUCGGGGUCGCCGCUUCCGAGUGUAAGUGGAAGAUCCCCCCAACAGCAGGUAAGCGUACGGCCACCCAGCCCAACAGCAGAUUGAAAGAUGCCAUAACAACAAGUAAAGAGCAGGAAUCAAAGUACCAGGCCAGUCACCCCAACCUCAGGAGGCUGGACGAUUCAGACUCCAUCCCCAGAGGGGCUAGUGCUGCCGUGACUUCCAACAGUUACCCCAAGAACCCGCAGCUCCGCGCCUACCACCAGAAGAUUGACAGCAACCUGGAUGAGUUGUCCGUGGGCCUGGGCCGCCUGAAGGACAUCGCCCUGGGCAUGCAGACGGAAAUCGAGGAUCAUGAUGACAUCCUGGACCGGCUCACGACCAAAGUGGACAAGUUAGACCUCAACAUAAAGACCACUGAGAAGAAAGUCCGGCAACUUUAA